AUGAGCGACCCUACCGUUGACAACGGCCCGUUAGCCGAAGUCAUAAGUUCCUUGAAAUCCAUUCAGCAGACUCAGUCUGACCUUGUGGCUGCUGUCGAUCUGCUGAACCAGCGAUACCAACAGCUGCCUGUUGAUCCUGAUGCCGCCACACUUGGUCCGGAGCCAUCCCUCGGCGAGGUCCCUGAAAGAUCUCGAACCCCCGAGCCUUCCGAUGUCGUCGGUGAUUCUGCCAAGAGCUCUGCGUCCGAUUUGACCUUGCAGGCCCCAGCUGUGCCCUCGUCACCUAGCCAGCGAUCCGGCCUCACUUCCCGCAUCAUCCUAACGACUUAUCCAAAGCAGAUCGGCAUCAACCCUCUCCCCAUGAACUGGGGCGAAUCGGACCCUCAUCGUCGUGGCCCAGUUGUUGUUUCUCGUUCAUCGACCACUAUUGGGAGACGUAACGGUCCCGGUGGCUCUUACUCCAUCUACUAUGCCCUGGCUGUUGCCAGCAAACAACUUAAUCUAGAGCAUAGACCCGACUUCACCAACACGGAGCCGGCUGCUAAGAUUGGCCCCUUCCCUCAAUGGGGAGAUCCCAAGAAGAUUGUCGCUAUGGACCCCUGGGGCCAUCUGUCUCCCUGGCUCUUCAAGGACACUAUCGAGAAGCACAACGUCGACAUUCGCCCUACCAUCGCCAUCACUAAGGCACACAUGAAGCUUCCCGAGCUGGAGGAGAGCGUCAAGAGCGGAAGACUUGUUCCUGACGGCAAAGUCUGCUUGAAUGAGCUUGGAGAGCUAGCCGUAACCAAGUUCGCCGUCGAGCCGGUUUGGUAUCUCCCUGGCGUAGCUGAAAGAUUCGGCAUCGACGAGGGGGCCUUGCGAAGGUCACUUUUCGAACACACUGGUGGCAGCUACCCCGAGUUGAUCACCCGCAACGAUAUUAAGGUGUUUCUGCCCCCCAUAGGUGGUCUGACAGUAUACUGUUUCGGCGACCCGGCCAAGAUGUCCGACGAGUCAGUACGACUGGCGUUGCGUAUCCACGAUGAGUGCAAUGGUAGCGACGUGUUUGGAUCCGAUAUCUGCACAUGCCGCCCUUAUCUCAUAUUCGGUAUCGAAGAGGCAGUCAAGGAGGCGCAGAAUGGCGGCAGUGGUGUCGUUAUUUACUUCCGAAAAGAGGGUAGAGCCCUCGGUGAAGUUACCAAGUAUCUCGUGUACAACGCUCGCAAGCGGGGCGAAGACCGAGCAUCGGACUACUUCAAGAGAACAGAGAACAUUGCUGGAGUGAAGGACAUGCGUUUCCAGGCUCUCAUGCCUGAUAUCCUGCACUGGCUCGGAAUCCGCAAGAUUGACAGAAUGCUGAGCAUGAGCAACAUGAAACAUGAUGCCAUUGUAGGCCAAGGAAUUCCCAUCCAUGAGCGUGUUGAGCUCCCCGAUGAGUGGAUUCCCGCAGAUUCUCGCGUUGAGAUUGAUGCAAAGAUUACUGCAGGUUACUUCACCGCCGGAAAGCGCAUGACAGAAGAAGAGUUAAGAGCUGUACAGGGCAGAAUGUGGGAAGAGUAA